GCUGAACCGAUCUGCCAACAAAGAGCAUCGCAAUGUCUCGGACUACACGCCGCUUAGUCUGGCAGCUUCAGGAGGCUACGUCAAUAUUAUCAAACUUUUGCUUAGCCACGGAGCCGAAAUUAAUUCCCGAACCGGGUCCAAGCUGGGCAUUUCCCCCCUAAUGCUUGCUGCCAUGAAUGGACAUACGGCUGCGGUAAAGCUACUACUGGAUAUGGGUAGUGAUAUCAACGCUCAGAUUGAGACGAAUCGUAAUACUGCAUUGACCCUUGCUUGCUUCCAAGGAAGACACGAGGUUGUCAGUCUUCUGCUUGAUCGUAAAGCCAAUGUAGAGCAUCGAGCAAAGACGGGAUUGACACCGUUGAUGGAGGCUGCCAGUGGCGGAUAUGUAGAAGUAGGGCGAGUCCUACUCACUAAAGGUGCGGAUGUAAAUGCUACUCCAGUACCCUCUUCUCGAGAUACUGCACUCACCAUCGCAGCUGACAAGGGUCACUGCCGAUUUGUAGAAUUACUACUCUCUCGAGGGACGCAAGUGGAAGUUAAAAAUAAAAAAGGUAACAGUCCUUUAUGGCUCGCGGCGAAUGGAGGUCAUCUCAAUGUUGUUGAUCUACUUCAUCAUGCGGGUGCAGACAUUGAUUCGCAGGAUAACCGAAAGGUAUCUUGUUUGAUGGCAGCAUUUCGCAAAGGUCACAUAAAAGUGGUGAAAUGGAUGGUAAAUCAUGUAACCCAAUUCCCAAGUGAUCAGGAGAUGACAAGGUAUAUAGCAACCGUCAGUGAUAAAGAGCUGCUAGAGAAAUGUCAAGAAUGCGUAAAAAUAAUCCGAGCUGCCAAGGAGACACAGGCUGCGAAGGCGAAUAAAAAUGCAACUAUACUUUUGGAAGAGCUCGACAUGGAGAAAACGAGAGAGGAGUCGAAGAAAGCAGCUGCGGCACGUAGACGCGAACGAAAAAAGAAAAAGAAACUUGAGAAAAAAGAGGAGAAACGAAAACUUCAUGAAGAGAAUAAGAAAAACGAAACGAUUUACGAAGACAAAGAAGAUGGUAGUAAAAAAUCAGGAGAUGAAGAGGGAGAUAGAGGUGAGGAUAGCGAAAGGGAGGGUGGAGAUAAUUGCGAAAGGAUGGAACAUGUACCUUCUCCGGUAAACAGAAGUCCCGAAGAUCCUGAUAAAGAGGAAGGGGACAGCGGUAUUGAUGCCAAUAGUCAAGGUAGCUGUAGCAGUAACGAUGUCAAAGCUAGAGAGAAGAAGAAGGAUAAGAAAAAGAAGAAAAGUAGUAGCCCAAGCAAUAACGAAAAAGAAUUGUCGCCUCACAGAUCCCCGAAGGCACUUCUAGCGCCUAGUUCAAAUAUACCCCACAAUUCAAUCACGCCAACAAAGUCGCAGAGUAGUAACUUUGACAAAAGAGUAUCAUCAAAUGAUAUUGGUGGAAUGCCUAGCACUUCUCCAUCUGUGUCCAAUACAAGGGCAGCCACAGCAGCGGCGGUUAGUUCGAGUGAGCGAAAACUCAAAGGGCAACUUGUAUUUGAGUCAUCAAGGCAUCCAGCCGAUAGGGAAGAUUUCGAAGCCACUGGUAACGAGACGUACAUGCCGGGCAAGGGGAAAAAGUCUUACAGUAUUCAGUAUGAUAACGACAGUCUUAAUACCUCUAUCAAGUCUAAUAAUUCUACCAGCCCCAAACAGGGUGGGAAACGGGAUGAAGGCUGGAAAGAAGUUGUUCGAAAGGGACAAUCUGAUGACUCUGGAAGAUUUAUGAACUCACCGUUCCGUUCGAAGAAAGUCUCUGUCCCUUUGAAUGCCAUUAGUAGGGUAAUUGGUAGAGGGGGCAGUAACAUAAACGCCAUUCGCGGUGCAACUGGAGCGCACAUCGAAGUCGAGAAGCAGAGUAAAGGCCAGGGUGAAAGAAUUAUAACGAUAAAGGGAUCAUCCGACGCUACGAAGCAAGCACACUCGCUGAUAGCUACAUUGAUCAAGGACCCCGACGUUGACAUACUGCAGAUGCUACCAAAAACUAAGCUCAAUGUUAUCACUCCCUCAUCUUGGGAUAAAACUAUUCCUGCUCUCACGGCUACAAAAACAAAAGUAGGACCAACAAAUAAACCUCCUAGUCUGGUUUGCAACGUUGGAGGAUCGCAGAUAAACAAAGCUGGCUACAUGCCAGGAGUAGCAUCUGUUGGCCAAUUGUUACCGUCCCUUCGACCAUCAUCUACUGUGAAAAUUGCUGGAGCCUUUCCUGCUUCCAUACCUCGAGCAACUGCACCAAGACUAGUCGCAGCAGCUGAAAAACGAGCACAAGCCGUUGCGGCGGCUCAAUUAGCUUCGUCGACUAAUACAAAGACAACAAUGUCAUAUACAAGCGCAAUUAUGACUGCAGGGAGAGCAACAAAGAUCGUAACAACAAGUACAACGCAAACAUUCGCCGCAAAACUAUCGGAAAUCACUGCCUCGGCACAUACAUCUUCUACAAUUAUGCCAUCGUUGCAAUCCAUUGCACAUAAACAAAAACCAUCCCAAGCAGCUACUGGAAUUACGGUGAUGUCGUCAACGGCGCCGACGACUCCUCAGACAUCUCCGCAACAAACUUUACCGAGCACAUCACCGAAACACUGCCGACCACUGCCUACGCUUUCCGCGCCGCCGACAAUGCCAUCUCAUUAUCCAGGAAAAAUUCCUUUUUCACCUGGUCCCAACGGAACUCUGCCUUCCAUGGGUCAAGGAACGUCGAGCGGGUCAGAGAACACUGUCGUCUCAACCUCGGCAAGCUCUGUACGAGUGACGCCUUCACCUCCAUCGGUGACGCAACCUUCGACAAUGCAACAGCAGCAACAACAACCCCAACAGCAACAGCAGCAGCAGCAGAUACGCAGUUCCACCCCGAUCGCACCUUCCAUGCAAGAACAACAGCAGCAAUCGUCCAACACACCUCUCGAGUACUCAUUGUUCAAUGACACCUUUACUAAAGUUACUCAACAAUCUAUGUGGGGAGGCCGGGACAACGAAUCCCAGAAAGGAAUGAAUUUUGCAACUGUUGCUGGUGGCGGCGUAACAGUCAACACUUCCGGUUCAUCCAACAAUAAGUUUAUCGACAGCAUUCCUCCUCAGGUGGAUGCGUCCAAAGCUCCAGGAUACAGAGGCACGACUGUCUGUUCGCCGGUGUCCAGUAAAUCAAGCAGCGGGGGCAACAGCACCUCGGGGACUAGCAUUGGAAGUGGAGUGUCGCCCUCGGCAGUACACAACCCUAUCCAACCGCCGAGUAUCGUUCAAUACCAGUCAUCGAAUUAUAACGAAGCACAGCUCCCUUCGAAAGCACCUGGAAGUCUGGCGGUAGCGCGUCCGGUCAUGCCUCAGCAAAAUAUUGAAAUGGGAGGUGGUAUGACGCAAUUCAACAGGCCAGUUUUUCAGGGUGAUAUGAACUCGAGGAACAACGCGCCUCACCAGCCACAGCACGUUAUGCCAUCAGCUUCGCAGCAGACUCUGGACGUUGGAUUAUUCAAGGGAAACAAUGCCGGGUUCGAGCAUCCCAACGUGAAUUCGAACCUGUUGAAAAUGGUGCCGAACAACGAGGCUCAACCUGGUCACCCAAUGAUGCCUUUUCACCCUCACAUACAGAGCUUCACGCAAACGAUGCCGCAAUCUGCAUCGGUAAACACCACCGUCAGCAUGUCGAGGCUAAACCCUAGAGCACCGGAUUUUUCAAGCUCUCUCCAUAUCAGCAACAAACCACAAGUACCAAUGUUCAAUGCUGGUGCCGGAAUUCAUCCAAACAUGUUUGCCGCAGUACCUGCACCACCUCCGUCAGCCCUGCAGUCCACAAACUUGGCGAUGCUUGGCAAUUAUCCUUUGGGAAAAUAUCAGACCCAGACAAGGGGAACCCCGAACGCGAAUAUAUCGACAAACGGUCAAACCCGGUGGCCCUUUGCACCGCCGCAGCACAACAGCUAUCCUCCUCAUCAGGACCCGAUGAUGGGUCAAAUAGGAUUUUCCAAUCACUUGGCAAAUAUGGGCGGUCAGCCUGGAGGUAUCGACUUGAUAACGGGCCUUGAAAACGGAGGUUCACCGGCGAUGUCUCCGUCCUCGCCUGCACAGGUACAGCAAGAAAUGAAUCAGCUGAAAAUCGAAGAUCGGAAGGUGCCACGGCCGAUUGGUACUGAAAGAGCUUGGAAAAAUUAUACAACGGGGAUGGGACCGGGAGGUGAUGCAGAUUCUAUGAACUGGAUGCUUAAUAAUGAAAAAUUAGUUGGAUCUUGGGCUAAUCUUACUCCAGGAAUGGACAGAAAUCAAAUGUUUCGCUCAAAUACUGCAUACAAUCGUAUGUCCAACGUUGACGUCGAACUUCAUCAAAUGAUGGAAUCCACUUUCCAAGGUCAUAUGGAUAAUCCGCCACCAUUUCCUAACGGAAGUACUACUGCACUUUCUAUGAUGCCAAGUCUGGCUAUGUUACCCGGCCAGUUUGGUGCUGCCGGAUUACCUGAAAUACCUCCGAAUGAAUCUGCUAAGAUGGAACCACCUGCUUGGGGGAUGCCCGACUCUGUGCAAGAUAAACAGCAUACGGGGUGGAACAAAUGGGCGCAUUAAAUCUUGAAAGCCUUUCGUCGAUACCUCGUCUCAAAGAACAUGUGGGCUGACAGUACUGGGAUAUGGAGUAGAAGUAGAUUUGAGAAAAAAAAAAAGAAAAAAGAAAAUCCUGGCAUGCAUUGAGCGAUGUUUCUAGUUAACUACAUAAAAUUACAAUACUACCUAUAUUCAUUGACACACAGAUCCAUAUUACUUGUCAUGCUAGGUGAUAAGAUGGUAAAUCCUUACUUCAAUUUAUUGCUAUUAUCAACUAUACUUAUUCGAUACCAAUAAUUAAUAAAUAUGGCGUAUGUGAACUAACGAUGGACCGCGAUCAGGAUUCGUUUAAACGGCGUUCAAUGCGACGGUCGUAACGUCAGUUAAAUGAGAAAAAUGGAAAAAAUGAAGAAAGAAAAAUACUAAAAAUAAAAUAAAUGAAAUAAAAAUACGAUUGUUGUCCCACGAUAGUUGCAUGCUCCGUACGUGCUAAUUGAUAAUGAUAUGCUGAUGAUGGUGACUGUUUCAUUCUGUCAUUGGGACGGUUUACCUAUCUGUCUAACUUUAUAAACUACGAUACUUGCCAGGCUCGUCACAAAAAAGUAAAAGAAAAAAAAAUAUAUUGAAAUAUAUAUUAUUAUGUUGCCUUUGGCUUCUCUAGUAGCAAUUGUGUGCACAACGGCUCUUUAUCAGUGAUUGACUGUUUCAUCAUGAUCAGUAAAUAACCUUUUUUGAUUUAUUUAUGUUGAAAGUACCUAUAUGAUUAUCUAUUACUAUUCGCUAUAAGAAUGAUAUAAUAACUAUUUGAAAUAAUAUGAAUAUACCAUGAUUAUGUAAAUAAUUAAUUUGUGGUGGAAUUCCAAUUACUUCCAUACCGCGAAAAAAGUGAAAAUCAAAAAAAAAAAAAAAAAAAAACUGACGAAUGAAAAAAAUAACCAAAUUGAAGAACAAUCCCCUUUUAAA